AUGAGUUCUACCCCCAAGAAAGAGCCUGAUUUGACUCCUAAGAAGAGUCAGCCUCCAAAGAAUAGUCUCGGUGGGGGUAAAGGCUUUAGUGAGGAGGGUUUCUCCCAAGGGGACUUCAGCGCUAAGCAUAUACUAAAUCGUCGCCCUAACACCGAAGGCUCUUCUGUGGCUUCGAACGUCAUCAGUUCGUCAUCAUUGCAAAGGUUACCAUCCUCUGGAUCUGGAAGCGUUGCUGUGGGAAGUGUGUUGGGAUCUUCGCCAUUAACUCUUUCUGGAGGGUUCCACGGGCUUGAUCCAACCAAGAAUAAAAUAGACGUUCCAAAGUCGAAACAGUCAAGGAGACAAAGUGUUCUUUCUGACAUGAUUUCCACUUCUCAUGCAGCUAGAAAUGAUCACUCAGAGCAGCAGUUACAAACUGGACAACAAUCAGAACAAAAAGAAGAAGAUGGUAGUCGAUCUUCUUUUUCUGUUUCUUCCCCCGCAAGAGAUAUCCGGCACCCAGAUGUACUGAAAACUGUCGAGAAACAUCUUGCCAAUGACAGCGAGAUCGACUCAUCUUUACAACUUCAAGGUGGAGAUGUCACUAGAGGCAUUUAUCAAUGGGUAACUGGAGAAAGUAGUCAAAAAGAUAACCCGCCUUUGAAACGAGCAAAUAGUUUUAAUGAUUUUUCUUCUGUGCAUGGUGACGAGGUAGGCAAGGCAGAUGCUGACCACGAUCGUGAAAGCGUAUUCGACGAGGAUGAUAUCUCCAUUGAUGAUAUCAAAGUUCCGGGAGGGAUGCGUCGAAGUUUUUUAUUACAAAAGCAUAGAGACCAACAACUUUCUGGACUGAAUAAAACGGCUCACCAACCAAAACAACUUACUAAACCUAAUUUCUUCACGAACAACUUUAUAGAGUUUUUGGCAUUGUAUGGGCAUUUUGCAGGUGAAGAUUUGGAGGAAGACGAAGAUGAAGAUUUAGACAGUGGUUCCGAAUCAGUCGCAGUCAGUGAUAGUGAGGGAGAAUUCAGUGAGGCUGACAACAAUUUGUUGUAUGAUGAAGAGUCUCUCCUAUUAGCACCUAGUACCUCCAACUAUGCGAGAUCAAGAAUAGGAAGUAUUCGUACUCCUACUUAUGGAUCUUUCAGUUCAAAUGUUGGUUCUUCGUCUAUUCAUCAGCAGUUAAUGAAAAGUCAAAUCCCGAAGCUGAAGAAACGUGGACAGCACAAGCAUAAAACACAAUCAAAAAUACGCUCGAAGAAGCAAACUACCACCGUAAAAGCAGUGUUGCUGCUAUUAAAAGCGUUCAUAGGCACAGGUGUGCUGUUUCUUCCCAAAAGUUUCAGUAAUGGAGGUCUCUUAUUUUCAUCUGGAAUGUUACUCAUAUUCUCCUGCAUUUCCAUAGUUUGUUUCAUAGAGCUCAUUCAAGUGGGUAAGUUAACACAAAUUGCAAGUUAUGGUGAUAUUGGAGGUUUCCUUUAUGGUAGAACCAUGAAGGCGUCCAUUUUAACAUCAAUCAUUCUUUCGCAGAUUGGUUUUGCCAGUGCUUACAUCGUUUUCGUUGCUGAAAAUGCGAGAGUUCUUUGCGAUUCAUGGUUGAAUUUAGGAGACUAUUCAAUCGAAGUAUUUAUAUUCCUUCAACUGAUUGUCUUUAUUCCCCUGUCAUUAACUCGUGACAUAAACAAACUAAGUUUCACGGCUCUCAUUGCCGAUUUGUUUAUACUUGCGGGACUAAUCCUGGUUUACUAUUACAGCACAUAUCAUCUGGUAGUAAAUGGAAUCAGCAAAAAUGUAAGACUUUACAACGAAUCUGAAUGGCCACUUUUUAUUGGUGUUGCGGUGUUUACAUAUGAGGGUAUUGGGUUGUUGAUUCCUAUUAAUGAAUCUAUGGCAAAGCCUGAGAAGUUCAACAAGUCUUUGGUAGGUGUUAUGGCCGUCAUAACCGUGGUUUUCAUCUCAAUUGGCUCUAUUGCUUAUAUGAGUUUUGGAAGUGAUGUCAACACAGUGAUUUUACUCAACUUUCCUCAGAACAACAAAGUGUUUUCUGUUCAGCUCCUAUAUGCAAUUGCUAUUAUGCUUUCAACGCCUUUACAAUUGUUCCCGGCUAUUAAGAUUAUUGAGAAUUUCGUUUUCAAAAAAAGAAAACAUUCCGACUCUAUUGAGAGCAAAACUAACAGAAACACGGUGCAGACGGACUCUGAGAACGUGUUUUCGGGAAAGAAUAACACCAGGAUCAAAUGGUCAAAAAAUUUGCUGCGACUACUCAUUGUUGUUGGGGCAAGUAUAAUUAGUUAUGCUGGAUCUUCUGACUUGGAUAAAUUUGUGGCUCUAAUUGGAAGUUUUACUUGCAUUCCUUUGAUUUACGUAUAUCCUCCUUUAUUGCAUAUCAAGGGAAAUCUGGAACUAGGUACUCUUUCGAAGACAAACAUGAUCACUGAUAUGGCAAUCUGUGCAUUGGGCGCUACUCUGAUGCUUUACACAGGCUUUCAAGGGAUAAAAAGUUGGAUAGGAUAA